AUGGUUGGCGUCCUGCGGCGCAUGAACAAGCUGAAAGCUAAGCGAUGCGUGCAGUUACUGGGCAUGCGCCAUGGGCCUGGCGCCGCUAUCCUUCCUUCAGAGAUCACCAUGAUACACAUGGAAUUCGCCCACAAAUGGCGUGACGGCCACUUCGGCCCCAGGAAAUUCUGGCGCAUCUGCCUACCACGUCUCAAAUACUGGAAUCCCACCGUCCCCAUGAUCGUCAACAGGACGCAGAACAACGACGGACCCGCCACCAUGAGCAUCUACUUCCGCCAGCAGUCCUCUUCAGCCUCGGAUCAGCAGGCGUCAAGACCGCAGCCGCCCGCCUCCCAGGCCGACGGCAGCGCCAAGGCGCCCGCACCGGCCGAGGGAGAGCGAGUGGUGACCAUCGACAUGAAGCGGCAACACUCGGACGCCAUUCUCGCCGACUUCCUGACCAAGACGGGUGCCGUACCCGUGGUGCCCACGCCGCAAGAGGAGGCCGAGCUCCGGGAUGUUCAGGAGCUGAAGGAGAGGGGUGCUGUCGACCGCGAGGUCAUGCGCAAGCAUCUCGAGGCUGAGAGGCGGGAGGCCGCGCUCAUGAAGCAGGCAAGGAACGAGGCUGCUGCCAUGAAACAGAACUCAUGA